AUGUUUCCUGUCGACCAGAUAGACAGCGACGAAUACGUGACAGAGCUGCGUGCCCGACAAAACAUCCUUUGUCACCACAACAAUAAAGACCCCGUAGAAAUCUUCUGUCCAGUCUGUAAAAAGUUCAUCUGCGUCGGUUGUAUGGUUUUAGAACACAAGGAGCAUGAUUGCCUAAGAAUCAACACUGCUGCUGACAAAUGCAAGGAAAAACUAAAAAUCCACGUGAAACCCAUCGAGAAGAAAAGUCUACUCUACGAUCAGUUUAAAGCCUCUGCUGAAAACCAGAAAUCGUCUGUAGAAGAGGGAAGAAAGGAGGCAAAGAAUCAAGUUAACCAGCAAUUAGAGCUAAUGAUUACAGUGCUCCGUCAACGUGCUGAUGAUCUUCUGGAAGAAAUAGAUGCCAAGUCAAACGCUAAACUGGAAGUUUUAGAUGGUUUAAUUGCGACUGCUACCGCCGAUCAAAACCAACUGGACGACGUUGUAGACUUCUCCAGAAAGCUCAUAAACCACGGAAGCGAUAUGGAUGUCCUGCAAAUGGCUUCCGCUUGUGAGCAAAGCAGCGAGAGCGUUCAGACUCUCGACAUUCCGACCCUGCCUGCAGACAUGACCCGCCUACAGCUUAUCACCAACGACAUGGAGGAGUGCGUUACCAGUAUCAACCGUUGCCUUGGAGACGUGGUUCCUGCUGCGAGUGGAAGACUGGUGACAUCAUUCGAAGUAGAAUUGGCCAAGUCUCCAGAGGAAUGGAUCAACCAAGUGUCCACUGAUACCAACGGUGACAUCCUAACUUGUAUUUGGUGUAAUGAGGACAGUUCACGUAAUAGAAUCCACAUCUACGAUACCAACUUUGUCCUACAGGGCACAAUUCCAAACCCACGGGCAGCAGAAAAGUACGCCUUUGCCGGGAUUGCCAUUGAUGAUGACGGUAACAUCGUCACUAGUUGUCAGGGGUCAAAUGAAAUCAUUGUCUACACCAAGACAGGGGACCACGUGAGAACAUUCUACAGUGAGUCACCUCAGGCAGUAGCAGUCAACAGCAAGGGUCACUAUGUGGUGGCCGGUAGUGAUACUCUGACUGUGCACCACAAGGAUGGCAAGGUCCUGCAGACGACACCAGACCCAGGGGGUAAAUAUUUCAAAUACAUCCACUGUAAUGUGAAUGAUGACGUCAUAGUCUCAGAUCCAGGAGAUAAUCGCAUCCGUGUAUACGAUUCCACUCUCCAGCUCAAAUACAGAUAUGGUACACAGGGUGAUGGAGACGGACAGGCGAACCUUCCAGGCGGCACAUGCUCCCUUGCUAAUGGAGACAUAAUUCUAACAGACCCCAUCAACCAUCGUUUUCACCUGGUGUCACCGGACGGAAAGUUCAAGCGAUUUCUUUUAAGGAAAGAAAAUGGACUUUACUGUCCGAAAGAUGUUGCAAUUAAUCGUCUCGGACAACUGCUAGUUGGGGAACAGAGAGGCGAAAUUAAACUAUUUCAAUUUUGA